AUGACUGCCCCCAAUAGAAACGUUGUCUUCGACGUGGUCGGAACCCUCGUCAGCUACGAGCAUCUCUACGAAGCUAUCAAAGAGCGCCUGGGCGAUAAGCUCAUCCCUCGGGGUAUUCAGCCCACACUCCUCGGAAUAUGCUGGCUAGAAAUGGCAGAGCGUGAGUACGCGUACUUGUCUCUCCACGGCCAUUACGUACAGUUCCUCAAGCUUUUUGAGGCUCUAUUUUACCGCUGUCUUCAUUAUGCUGGUGUUGAGAAUCCCCGCUCUUUUGCAGCCGCAGAGGAUGUUGCGUACUUGAUGAAUGAGUUCAAGGAGUUGAAGCUUAGGGAUGGAGCUGCAGAGUGUAUCCAGAAGCUUCGUGAUGCUGGUUUCACUGUUUGGUGCUUCACGACUGGGGAUAUCUCCCGUGUGGGGGGGUAUUUCUCGAAAGCGGGAGUUGACAUGCCGGCUGAGAAUCUACUAUCUUGUGACACAAAUGGAGUCGCGAAGCCGUGUCCUGAGGCUUAUGGGCCUAUUUUGAACAAGCUUUCCACUUCUGAGUCAAAGCCUUGGUUCGCUGCUGCGCAUCUUUGGGACGUGUCUGGCGCAAAGUCUGCUGGAUUUAGGACUGCUUACAGUAUGGUGUUGGAGGGUGAGUAUCUCUAUGAGAUCUAUGGGGAGCUAAACGUGGUUGCUGAAACGCUACCUGCAAUGGCGGACAAGAUUAUCGCAGCUAAGCCGUAUGAGGGCUUUUUGGAGAAGCAUAAGAAGACUUUGUACUUGGCUCUUGGUACCCAUAUCAUCUUAUCCAACGAUCAUGUCGCUAAGCUGGUGCAAGGACUAGUCGCAGCUAUGGAUCAAGGACCGAUUGAUGGAGUCAUAUGGUCUAUAUCGGAAGCUGCGCGUCGAGACAUUGAUACCAGUCAUCAAUUCAGUGCCACAGGUUGUAAAGGUUUUACUUUUGCAUUAUUAUUGAAGGGUGAACACUCAUCCUUUCUCAUCACGACCUUUGCUCCACAGCGUGCUAUUCUAGAUCAUGAUCAUACAGUUAUCUACCUGACCCACGGCGGUGGCUCUAGCGCCGAUGAGGGCCUGUACCACGGGAAACUAAUGCUGGCUAUGGGCUUUUUCUUUGAUUAG